AAUAAGUCCAUCCGUGAAAUUUCCUUGCUACUAAAUAUUCCACGGUCAACUAUUAGUGGUAUUAUAACAGACUGGAAGCAACUGCGUACAACAGCACCUCAGCUACCAAGUGGUAGGCCACAUAAAAUGACAGAGCGGGGUCAGCGCAUGCUGAAGCGCACAGUGCGCAGAAGACUCCAACUGUCUGCAGAGUCAAUAGCUAAACACCUCCCAAACUUUAUGUGGCCUUCAGAAGCGCUUCAUGAAAUGGGUUUCCAUGGCUGAGCAGUUCCAUCCAAGCCUUACAUCAUCAAGUGCAAUGCAAAGUGUCGGAUGCAGUGGUGUAAAGCACGCCACCACUGGACUCUAG